CUGUAUAAAACGCGACUCUUCAUGUCAACUAGAACUUAUUCAUAAAAAGUUUGCACUUUUAUGUCAAUUUACUAUGUCAGAUUUUCUCUUUGGUUCAUAAAUUUGUUAUGACUUACGUCAUCAAAUAAUAAAACCAGCUUUUUUAUAAUACGCAUUACAAUUUGUGGAAAAGGCAUGUAUAAAAUAAAUAGUAUCUCGCCAUUCCUGCGCUCCCCCAUGACGGAUAUAACCGGGGGGGUUACAUCUCAUCAGCUCCUGGGGCGGUGUGCCAAGCAAGAAAUGGAAAUGAUGGACUGCCUUGAAGCGUACGGGAUGGACCGGGGCGUCAAGAAGUGCUCAGAACUGAUUGACGAUUUUUCUGAAUGCCACAAUUUGAAUAAACAGUUCAAGAGGUUUGUGGCGAUACGCAGUGAACGUAACAGACAAAUCGCUGCUGGGAAGCUGACAGGCGAUAACAAGUAUGUAACGCCCAAAAUUGAUAGCUUCUGACGAUUUUUGUCUGUUAGUCCAUAACAAACUUCUAAUAUAUGAUCAAAACCU